AUGAUGACCAUGAUGGUGAGAAUGGGGGGAAACAUGGCCGUUUGGUCCAACAAUAUGACCGCUCUGGGAAUCGACGUAACCACCAUUGUCACCGACGAUCAAACCGGAUGGAGAGUUGACGACGGCACCAUUUGGUCCAACGUUGUGGUGGGGGUAUCCAUUUCCGAAAGGAGUGUAAUCAUGGUGGCUGUGGUGGGCGUGGUGUCCAUGAUGGGCAGAGUGUCCGUGGUGGUCAUUGUGGCCGUGGUGGGUAGAGUGUCCAUGGGCGUGAGAAUCGUGGUGGGCAGAGUGUCCAUGGGCGUGAGAAUCAUGGUGAGCAGAGUGUCCAUGGUGGGCAGAGUGUCUGUGUCCAUGGCCAGCAACUUCACCGCUGGGUCCGACAACAUGUCCUGUCUGGGCAUCGACGUAACCACCAUUGUCACCGAUGAUCAAACCAGAUGGGGAGUUGAUGACGGCUCCGUUUGGUCCAACAUUUUGAUAAGGGUAUCCAUUUCCGAAAGGAGUGUAGUCAUGGUGACCGUGGUGUUCGUGGACGUGGGCAGAGUGUCCAUGAGCGUGAGAAUUGUGGUUGGCGGAGUGUCCAUGAUGGGCAGAAUGUCCCUGAUGGGCAGAAUGUCCGUGAUGGGCAGAGUGUCCGUGAUGGGCGGAGUGUCCAUGAUGGGCAGAAUGUCCCUUGUGGGCAGAGUGUCCGUGAUUGGCAGAGUGUCCAUGGUGGGCAACGUGUCCGUGGCUGUCAUGGUGAUCAUGAUGGUGGUGGUCAAUCUUGCCAUCACGGUUCAAGUCAAGAGAAUCAGGUACGCCAUCACGGUUCUCAUCAUCAUGGUGUUGAUCAUCAUCUAGAAUACAUAGAAAUAAAAUAAUUUCGUUUUAUAUUGUUUUGCGUUUUCUUUACAAUUAAUAUGCACUCUCAUAUAAAUACCAAGUUUCAGCAAGAAAAGACAACACCUGGAUUUCAAUAUAACGAAUAUCUCAAUGUGAUGUAACUUACGAUGAUCGUCAUGGUGGGAAACGGCGUGGUGUUCGUGAUGGGCAGAGUGUCCGUGAUGGGCAGAGUGUCCAUGGUGGGCAGAGUGUGCAUGAUGGGCAGAGUGUCCGUGGUGGGCAGAGUGUCCGUGAUGGGCAGAGUGUCCAUGAUGGGCAGAGUGUCCGUGAUGGGCAGAGUGUCCAUGGUGGGCAGAGUGUCCGUGAUGGGCAGAGUGUCCGUGAUGGGCAGAGUGUCCAUGGUGGGCAGAGUCUCCGUGGUGGGCAGAGUGUCCGUGAUGGGCAGAGUGUCCGUGAUGGGCAGAGUCUCCGUGGUGGGCAGAGUGUCCAUGGUGGGCAGAGUCUCCGUGGUGGGCAGAUUGUCCGUGAUGACUAUGAGCGUGGUGAUCGUUGUUGACAUGGUGAUCAUGAUGGUGGUGGUCAAUCUUGCCAUCACGGUUCAGGUCAAGAGAAUCAGGGACGCCGUCACGGUUCUCAUCAUCAUGGUGGUGAUCAUCAUCUAUAGAAUACAUCGUAAAAUGUCAAAACUUUU